UAAAAAAAUGAAUUUAGAAAAAUAAACAAAAAUUAAUAGCUUAAUUAUAGUUUAAAUUAUUAGUAAAAUUAGUGAAAAUAAAUUAAAUCAAAAAAAUUCCCGAUUUUAUUUAUAUAAAAUGUCGCAUUCACAUGUCAUCUAAACGGAAAAACCCGCCUAACAAGAUAUCUUUAUUAACCGCUCCCUUGAUAGUACCCGGUGCCGAAAUAAAAUGCGGGAAUUCGAUGAAAUUCGAUUCAAAUUUCGAUUUUUCUUACAAGUACGGUUCUUUCCUGCCCCUCUAUUCCGACUCUAUCAUGCAAAAAAUUAAGGAGACCUUUGUUGACCACGCAAAAUUCCAAAUAAAUAUCCCGGAUAAUAAGAAUAAUUUAAGUAAUGGAGAUGGCAUGCGGGAAGAUGACACGACUUCUUCUUACAAAUCUGAAUUUCAUUUCAGUGAUAGCGAUGAAAUGAGCGGUGUAGAAAAAUUUGCGUCUCCUGCCUCUCUUCUCAAUGAAUUUAGCUUAAAAUCAGCACAUUCCAUCAGUCAAUCAAAACCUCUUGAUAAGUAUCACGCUAAAAACGGGUACAUAAAGAUGGACGCCAAAACUAUCCACAAAAAUAAUACGGAGUACGAUUUGAAUGGCGCGAAUGAUUCGUGUCAUACAAAUUUCAUAUACCCAACUAAACCUUUGAACGAAGAUGAUAAAAUAUCGCCGCCACUCAAUAUAAACGGGUUUACCAAUCAUCAAAAUCGCGAUCAAAUUUUUAGUCGAAUCAAUAAAAUCCAUCAAUCCGUUCAUCUAAAUAACCGAUUAAUUCCUCCAUCUAUAGCCAAAAGGAGUCUUACACUCAAAAAUAUAACGUUAAACCUGGGCCAAUCCUUUAAUAAGAAUACAAAUUCCCGGCUAAUCAAGACGGACACAGAGAUUCGACCCGAUGACAGACUAGUGGUAAUUAAAGCGAUCAAACUGAAACAAAUUCUGGGUGAUUCUAAGGUAACAUUGAAAGAAAAAUGGAAAAGGAUGGACGAUUUGAUAUACCAGCUACAAGAUAUUAAAGUCAAACUCGGAGAAUUAAUGUCAACGAGAAGCCUCAAGAAUCGUAGACUAGAACUUGCCCUCAAAAAAGCUCUAAUCAAUUCUAACAUCGACCAUUCAAGAAAAAAACUCAAAAACAACCUAAACACUAUGGUCAUCAAGUCAAUUAAUCCCAGGAAGCAUCUCGAUUUUAGGGUCAAAAAUCUAUCAACGAAUACAACGCUCGAUAAAAAUAGCAAAUAUCUCAAUAGAAAUUUUGCUUUAACCAACUUAAACUUGGCUAACAUCGGUCCAACCUUUCAAACUUUCAAUAAUCAUAUUAAUAAUACUACUAAAAGUAAAAUUAAUAAAAACGGUUUAAUCAAUGCUGAAUCUAUUCCUUAUUCCAUACGACAACCAGAAGUAUAUAAUCCUUACUUGCCUUCGUUUGUUCCUCAGGAUUUAUACAACUCUUAUAAUAAUUACUCAACGAAUCAAUUAGCAUACCAUUUCGCCAAUCAAUACAAUUAUGAAAUCGGUCGGACGCUCUCGGCAUUUGCCGCUAGUCAUGAUAAUCCAAUAAUAAAUCAGAGUUUAACCAACUCAGAUCCCUACCUUAAUAAUCUAAAUAACCAGAAUUCAUGGCUAGAUAACACUAAGAGCCAGGCAGAUCAUUCUUAUCUGAGAGAUAGGUGCUCUUCUUUCGAUGAUGCGCUUCUUCGAAUACGGAAUGGGUGUUUUGCCAAUCAUCUCUACGAUCAACUAAUAGUGGCUCACGCUAAUAAAAAUUUCGAAUCGGCAUCGGUUUGUGCCGACGAAAGUUACAAAAAUUUUGAUAUAAAGGAAAAAUUGAAUACAAUAUCCAAGCCUAGAGAUAAUAAUUAUAAUUUUGAUGCUGGUAAAAAGAAAAAUGGCGAGGAAAAUCCCAACGGAAAUUUUAAUAUUAACUCUCUCAUUGGAUCUACAGAUGAAGCGAACAACAUUAAUGAAAAUGAACUUGAUCACGAGGAGUUUCUCUUAGAUGAAAGAACAAAGAACGCAUUUUACACCCACGAAGCAAUCUUGAAUACGCAUUGCAGAGAUGUCAAACGAUCGAAUAAGAAAGUAUCCCCCCAGACAUCGCCAGUUAAUAAACUUAAAGCAAUUUCAUCGAUAAACUCGUCAAACGAAGAAUAUAUUAAAACAAUUGAUUAUAUGAAUAAUGAAAGUUUCAAUGAUAAAACAACUAAAAAUUUGAAUAACGAUCAAUCAUCUAUCUCCUUUUUCGAAAACAUGUUUCCACCUCAAUAUAUGAAGAUGAUGAGCGAACAGCAAUAUCUGUACAACCCCUUUUAUUAUAUGUACAAUCAAUAUAAUCUUAAUCAAUACCCGGGGUACAAUAAUUUUUCAGGCGCUGCCCCUAAUUGCACAUUUAAUAAUCCAUCCCAUUUCAAUCCUGCCGUUAUAGCACCCGCCAGAGCCAAUAAUUGUACUUCUGUCUCAUCAGAAAUCGAUACGACCAUGACUAUUAAUAGUAAUCAAAUGACAGAAACAAAGGAAAUUAAGGAAAAAGAGCAUAAAUCUAAUAAAAGUAAAAAGCAAUGCAAGAUAAGCAUGGCCAAGGGAAGGGAAAGGUCGGGAAGUCUUACAUUAAGCGAGAAAGAACCGACACUGUUAUUUUUAAAAAAACGAGAUUUACAGAUUGAGGAGGACUCUAACGACAAUCUUGUUAAACCUCCAGAAAUCCAUAGUUGUUCGGAAGAAGUGAAGCUUUUCAUCACCAAAAAAAUGAAAAAGUGCCAGGAAAUUGCGGCUAAUAAUUACUGUGAUCUCGAAGAAAGGACAGAACUCAAAUCACCUCAAAACGUCUCACUACCAAUUAACGAACAAAGAGUUAGAAUAUCUAGAGAAAAAAGACGCAAAGAUAGUAAUUCCAAACAACACGUAAAACGUCCCAUGAAUGCUUUCAUGGUAUGGGCCAAGGAUGAAAGGAAAAAAAUAUUGGGUAAUUGUCCAGACAUGCACAAUUCAAACAUCAGUAAAAUUUUAGGAGCGAGAUGGAAAGCUAUGACAAACAUAGAAAAACAGCCUUAUUACGAUGAACAGACCCGUUUAAGUAAACUGCACAUGGAAAUCCACCCAGAUUAUCGUUAUAAGCCUAGACCCAAAAGAACUUGCAUUUUAAACGGCAAGAAAUUGCGAAUCGCGGAAUACAAACUAUUGAUAAAAAAUAAAAAAAUAAACCCCUUCCCAACCCAAAUCAAUUUUUUGUCUAAUCGGAUUGAAAGUCCUUACCUAUCCCCAUCAGGUAUCAUUGACGCCGAAGAUUUUUUUGAUUCCAAGAUUCAAGUUGAAUGAUGCGAAAAAAACAAAAGGCGCUAUUAAACAUUAACGUUUUAUUUGGGAAUAAAUAGCUAUUCAAAAAAAACUUCCAUUAUUUAUGUUAUAUAUAUACUCAUUCAUUUAACUAAUCAUCACAAUAUUCAGUGUUUUUUUUAAAAUAAAAUAAUAUACAUUUUUGCCGGGUUCAAACUCUAAAAUAAAUACUCUUGAAUUAAAUAUUUUUUAAAAAAAAUGAAUUUAUUUUUUCGAAAACCACAAACAAACCAUAUCUCUUUUCUCAGGGCAGUUUUUAAUUUUAAAAUAAAAUAAUUGUAUUUUUUUUAAACAAUCUUUCAAACCAAUAUGUGAAAUGUUUAAAAAAAAAAUUUUUAUAUUGUCGGUGAUCUAAAAAAACAAAUUUGCAAUAUUACUAUAUUAUAUAAAGCCACUUAUAUUGGUAUAAAUAUGUUUUUUUCAGUUGACGCUAUUUUUUAAAAAUCUAAAUCAUUUUUUUGAUCGCGUUUUAUAACAUUUAAAAAUCUGAUUUUACCGGAAAUCAUUUUGGCAUGUUUGGAAAACCAUUUCUUUGAUUUUUAAUUUUCAACUUAAUAUAAUUCACUUUAGUUUUUAUAUAAAUUACUCAAAGUUGUUUGUAAUUCAUAUGGGAUAAUGAUAAAUAUUUAUGAGGUAAAAUUAGAUUUUUAAAUUUAUAAAAAUGGGAACAAAAAAAUAAUUUAAGGCUGAAAAAAUAAUAUAUUGACAGAAAAAUACAUAGGCGAUAAUAUUUAUAUAUAAUAUUAAAUUUAUAAUCAUUAUAAAUAUUUUAGUUUUAUUAUACCUAUCUAUAUUAUAAAUAAUGAUACAAAUUUAUAUAUUGAUCUCUUUCCCCAUAAAUUUAGUUAUCAAAACAACUAUUCAUACUCCUCCCUAGACAAGAAAGUAUUAUUGUAAUUCUUAUAAGUUUGAAAAAUGCACUCCAUUUACUUUAUACUUGGAUGAUGAAUAAUUAAUAGUAUCCCUUUUCUAUAAUUUGAAACAUUUAAGGUGCAAAGAUUUUAAAAAUACUAAAAUUUAUGAUUUAUUUCCUUUUAUAUUGUCGCAAACAUACAAUUGAAAUAAGCCCAUAACGUAGAAGCAAAAUUACCCCAUAUAUAUAAAUAUGUAUAUCAAUUUUCGUCAUAUAAAACAUAGUGUAUUUAAUUUAUUUUAUAUAUUACAUCAUUUCAAGGAUUUUACAAAUUAUAAUUAAUAAUUAUUAUAUUAAAAAAACAGUUACACAUUA